UGGCAUCGAAGGAAAGAUCAGCUUCUUCCGUUUUCGAAAAUCCAGAGAAACGUAGUUCGUCGGAUUUUUCCUGGCCCGCACUUCUAAAGAUCGGACUCCAAUGGCUUUUCUUGAGAGCUCUCAUGCAGUUCUGGGUCUGGCAGAGACUUUCGCCAGGUUGAAGAAAGAGGGCAAAGUGGCUCUUAUUCCGUAUAUCACAGCCGGUGAUCCAGAUCUUUCUACGACGGCGGAAGCACUUAAAGUGCUCGACUCUUGCGGGUCAGACAUAAUUGAGUUGGGUGUGCCCUACUCUGAUCCACUAGCAGAUGGUCCGGCUAUCCAGGCUGCUGCUAAACGGUCAUUGGCCAAGGGGACCAACUUCAACUCGAUCAUUGCUAUGUUGAAGAAGGUUGUUCCUCAGUUAUCUUGCCCUAUUGCCCUGUUUACAUAUUACAACCCAAUUCUGAGGCGUGGGAUUGAGAACUAUAUGGCUACUAUAAAGGAUGCUGGAGUACAUGGCCUCCUUGUACCGGAUGUUCCACUCGAGGAGACCGAGUUGCUGCGGAAGGAAGCUCAGAAGCAUCAUAUUGAACUAGUACUGCUCACGACACCCACAACCCCAACAGAGCGAAUGAAAGCCAUUGUUGAAGCAUCUGAAGGAUUUGUCUAUCUUGUAAGUUCAGUAGGUGUAACUGGCACCAGAGAAUCUGUAAAUGAACAAGUUCAGUCACUUCUACGACAAAUCAAAGAGGCCACAACAAAACCAGUGGCUGUCGGGUUUGGCAUAUCAAAACCUCAGCAUGUGAAACAGGUAGCUGAAUGGGGUGCCGAUGGUGUCAUUGUCGGAAGCGCAAUGGUUAAGAUUCUGGGUGAGGCUGAAUCCCCUGAGCAAGGACUCAAUGCGCUUGAAGCCUUCACCAAAUCAUUGAAGUCUGCUCUCUGUUGAAUACACAACUAUGUUUUGUCAUCUUUUGCAAAAAAAACAAAACGGUGUUGCCAUCCAUUUACCAACAAAUAAACAGAGUUUCACAUUAUUGAAAACUUUGGUGGGUUGUGAAGGAAAUGGAAGAAUGCC